AUGAUCAGAUCAAUAGAACUAAUGGACUUCUCUGAAUACUAUAGAGUGAUAUGCCGAGAGAAGGCGGUCGGAGCAGGCGUGAUCAUCAGGAGCUCAUCCAUGGAGGAUAUCUUGGAUUGGUUUUCUAAUCCAUCCCCAGAGGGAGAUCAGAUGGUACCGCACUCCUUAGUAAGGGAGGAAGAAAAGUACGAUCCACGGAUGUUGAGGCCACCUACCCCCACUGAUAUGGAUUUUAUCGAGAAUGAAGAUCCAUAUGAGGACGAGGAGUCCUAUAAGGACAAUUUGUACGAUGGCCAGGUGGGAGGAUAUCCAGGUGACAUCUUGCCAUACCCUAACUAA